UCAAUUCUCAAGUGAAGUAGUAUUUUGUUUCAGGCUGGCCAUAUUAGGAAGUAUGACAAUCUUGGCCUGCAACAUCCUAUGCCUGUCGAAACUGCCUGACAACCCACGAAGUUGGAAUGAGAAUAUUAAGGAGCAAGUGCUCAAAGGUCAUCCAAAGAAAGCAAUUCUAACAUAUUUACGUAUGCAGGAACUUGGAUUUCAUGCCGAUAAUUAUACAUUUCCCAUUUUACUUAAAGCAGCAGGAGACCUUCCUAGUUCUCGUGUUGGGUUUGCACUCCACGGCCAGACUAUAAAAACUGUUUUCUGUGUCCAUGUUUUUGUCCAAACUGCCUUACUGAACAUGUAUUCUUCUCUGGGAUUCAUUGGUGAUGCUUGUAAAGUGUUUGAGAAUAUGCCUGUCAAAGAUGUGGUUGCUUGGAAUUCGAUGCUAGAUGCAUACGUAUCCAGUGGGCAGAUGGAUAACGCAACUGAACUUUUUGAUUCGAUGCCUUUGAAGGAUCUUUCAUCUUUCAAUAUCAUGGUCUCCGGAUAUGCCAGCACGGGAAGAAUAAUAUCUGCUAGGCGUAUCUUCAGUGACAUCCCUGCAAAAGAUACUGUAUCGUGGAACUCUAUGAUAUUGGCAUGUACCAAUGCUGGAGACAUGGUUGAAGCACAAACGUUAUUCAAGGAGAUGCCAGCAAAGAAUAUCAUAUCAUGGAAUAUAAUGGUAAGAGGCUAUAUACGCAAUCAACUCUACUCCGAGGCGGUUGAUUAUUUUGAUAAAAUGCAGGCCGGAAAUCAUGUGGAGCCUGAUUUUCUAACGGUAACUGGUGUUUUAACUGCCUGUGCUCAUCUGGGAUCGCUUGAAAGAGGCACUAAAACACACACGCAUGCUAAAGAUCACGGGCUAGACUCGAGUCCUCAUGUCACAACAGCCCUAAUAGUCAUGUAUGCCAAGUGUGGAAGCCUAAGGAAUGCCUUGGAGGUGUUCUAUAAGUCCCAGGUUAAGGAUAUUUAUUGUUGGAAUGCCAUCAUCUCUGGACUCGCUCUCCAUGGCCUUGGCGAUGCUGCUCUCAAAUUUUUUCAUAAAAUGAGAGAGAACUGCAUAAUGCCUGAUGACAUCACCUUCAUUGGCAUACUCAGUGCUUGUAGCCAUUCAGGUUUGGUGGAAGAUGGAUGCCAAUUGUUCGAAAGGAUGGAAAGGGACUUUGGAAUCACUCCCAAGAGAGAGCACUACAGCUGCAUGGUUGAUCUUCUGAGUAGAGCCAAGCUUCUUAACCGUGCAUUUCAACUCAUAGAAGCCAUGCCAUUUGAACCGGGGGAGUCCAUCUUGGGUGCUUUGCUUAGUGCCUGUGUCAUUCAUCGUGACUUUGAUACCGGAGAGAAACUAAUGAAGCUGUAUUCUGAAAGGACGAGCCUCUUGAGUGACGGGGAGUUCAUGAUGUUUGCUAACUUGUAUGCAGCAUUUGGUAAAUGGGAGGAAGCAGAGAGAUGGAGAGGCAAGAUGAAUGACUCAGGCAUUGCUAAGACUGCUGGGUGCAGUAUAAUCGAGGUUAAUGGGAAGUUUCAUAAGUUUUUGGCCGGGGAAAGUGGCCUUAACCAGUGUUUCACAUCCUCUAGAGUAGCUGGUCUUGAGCAUAUAUUAUUUUUGUGAUUGGAUUGAUUUACAUGGUAUGUUGGGUUGAACUCUCUACUC